AUGCCGAACCUGGUUGCAUUACCACAGGUCCGCGAGAAGGCCACGUUGGGGCCUGUGACUCCGUUGUGCCAUAGCGUCCAGAAGACUCCUGUUCUGAGACAUAGCUAUGCCGAAUAUGGUCUUGGCAAGUCGAUAGUGCCGUCGGGUUUGAAGAGGAGUCGCUCCAGGAGCGUUUGUGUGCUUGAUGUCCAACUCUGGAUGUCCGAGUCGAUGCUAAUCGGCUGCUUGUCCGAUGUGGUGACCACAUGA